AUGGAAACAUUUGACGACAUCGAAACGCAGAAUCAUGACGAACAUGCAGACGAUGAUGAAACUCUCUCAUACGUCACUCCCACAAAACAUGAGCUGAGUUUGAAUGGCAACGAUAGCUUGAAUACAACCAAAAAGAAGCCAUGGCUAGUCACCCACUUGUCGCUAACACGAGAAGAUUCUCCUCUGCUGCUGGAUCCAUCGAAACCAUGGAAACCAUCGAAACCAUCUCGUAGUAGUAGGAAGGGACAUGGACCACCCUGUGCUGCCAUAUUAUGCAGGCUUUGGAAGUCAUACCAGAAGAGCAUUGAUGAUUAUCCAUUAAUCACGAAAUCCUUGACUUCAGCCGUUCUGACAGCCUCAGGAGAAGUCAUUUCGCAACUCAUUGUUAGUUUCCAAACGUUUGACGCAAAGCAAAUGUGGGAAUUCUUUUUCCUCGGACUCGUUCUGCAAGCACCAGUGACGCACUAUUAUUACGUGCUAUUGGAUCGAGAGCUUCCGCCGACUUCCAAUCCAUGGACGUGGACAACUUUUGUCAAGCUUCUCAUUGAUCAAUUGCUAUUUGCUCCAUCAUUUCUGUUUGCAGUGUUCCUAUUUUUGGAUACACUAGAAGGCCUUGGUCUGAAGGCGAUGAUGUUGCACCUGCAAAAGGAUUUCGGCAUGACGCUCGUGACAAAUUGGAAGCUUUGGGUACCAGCCACUUUGAUCAACUUGGCAUUGGUACACCCGCCCUAUCGUGUCCUAUACAACAAUAUCAUCUUCUUUGUAUGGUCCAUCAUUCUGGCAAUGCUUCUACUGCCACCAAACGAAUGA